AUGAGGGCGUUGAACGCAAUCAGGCUGUCUGGGCGCGAGGUCCUGCCCGUGAUCGAAGGGGGCAAGGGCAUCGGCGUGACCAACGGCCUGAGCUCGGGCGCCUGGGCCGCCGCCGGCGGUGUCGGCACCUUCUCCGGCGUCAAUGCCGACUACUACGACGAGAACGGCCGGGCCAUUCCGCAGAUCUAUCGCGGCCGCACCCGCAAGGAGCGCCACGAGGAGCUCGUCGACUACGCCAUCAGGGGCGGCAUCGCCCAGGCGCGGAUAGCCCACGACGUCUCGGGCGGCGGAGGGCGGCUCCACAUGAACGUGCUGUGGGAGAUGGCCGCCGCCGAGCGUAUCCUGAACGGCGUCCUCGAGGCGACGCGCGGCCUCAUUCACGGCGUGACCUGCGGCGCCGGCAUGCCCUACCGCCUGGCCGAAGUGACCGCGCAGUACGAAGUCAAUUACUACCCGAUCGUCUCGUCGGCGCGGGCCUUCCGCGCGCUCUGGAAGCGCGCCUACCAUCGCUUCUCCGACUGGAUGGGCGGCGUCGUCUACGAGGACCCCUGGCGCGCCGGCGGCCACAACGGCCUCUCCAACAGCGAAGACCCGGAACAGCCCGAACCCGCCUAUCCGCGGGUCCUUGCGCUGCGCGAGCAGAUGCGCGAAUGCGGUCUCGACGACGUGCCCAUCGUGAUGGCGGGCGGCGUCUGGUACCUGCGCGACUGGGAGGACUGGAUCGACAAUCCCGAGCUCGGGCCCAUCGUCUUCCAGUUCGGGACCCGCCCGCUGGUGACCGAGGAGAGCCCCAUCUCCGAGCAGUGGAAGCGCAAGCUGCUGUCGAUGAAGGAGGGGGACGUGAAGCUCAACCGCUUCAGCCCGACCGGAUUCUAUUCGUCUGCGGUGCGCAACGACUUCAUCAGGGAGCUCGCCGAGCGCGAGCACCGGCAGGUCGCCUACACCGCCGAGCCCAUCGGUGACCACGACCAUGUGUUCACCCCGGGGCCGCGCGGGCGCACCUUCUAUCUGACCAAGGGCGACCUGGCGCGAGCCGAAGAGUGGAUGGAGGAGGGCUUCAACUCGGUGAUGAAGACCCCCGACACCACGAUCGUCUUCGUGACCAACGAGAAGGCGCGCGAAAUCAGGGCCGAUCAGGCGGCCUGCAUGGGCUGCCUCAGCGCCUGCCGGUUCAGCAACUGGGCGACCAACGAGCUGGGCUCGACCGGCAAGAAGACCGAUCCCCGCAGCUACUGCAUCCAGAAGACGCUGCAGGAGAUCAUCCACGGCGAAGACAUCGACAACCAGCUCAUGUUCGCCGGCCACGCGGCCUUCCGCUUCGCGAGCGACCCCUUCUACUCGAACCGCUUCAUCCCGAGCGUUCGCCAGCUGGUAGAGCGCCUGCUCACCGGCGACUGA